AUGGAAAACAAUACACCAGUGCUUGCAAAGAGAGUGUGGAGCAUAAUACGUGUGGCCUUCUUCAUGUUGAGAAAAGGCGUAUCAAAGGGCAAGCUAAUGAUGCACCUCAACGUCGUGCUCAAACGCCGCAGCAAACUCGCCGGCAAAGCCAUCACCAACCUCAUGUUCCACCACCACCACCACCACGACGCCGGCGUCUCCGCCAACGACCUCCAGUUCUCCGCAGCCAGGGAGUACGAGUUCAGCUGCAGCAACACUCCCAACAACUUCUUCGCUGCCAUAGGCAACAACAGCAGCAAGCGCCACCGCCACAACCCCUUCUUCACUUGCGUUCACGCCCCGCCCACCUUCGACGACGAGGACGCCGUGACCGUUACUGCCGUUAAGGGCGUGUUGGAGAUGCUGAACAAUGAAGCGGCGGUGGAGGCGUCUCCCGCAGCGGCCGCACUUUGUAGCCCUGCCGUGAGGCAGUUAAUUAGGGUUACGGACUCUCCGUUCCCACUUCGUGAGUACGAGGAUGACAAGGAGAACCAAGUGGAUAAGGCUGCGGAAGAGUUCAUAAAGAGGUUCUACAACGAGUUGAGGAAGCAAACCUGA